ACGGGGCCACUACAGAAACCAACACCAGUCAGAGGAGUCAGAUCCAAAUGUAAUGAUGGAGGAUGAGCCCAGUAAUUCUACACAGAUUGUAGAUAUGGAUCAUGUCUACUAUACAUCUAAAAUCUAUGCUCCUGGAGAUGCAGCUGGUAAAGAGUUGUGGGUCAACAUCAGUAAGAUGGAGGCGGAUCAGCAGAAGGUCCAUGGCUUCCUGUCCAGCACUCACCGACAAGCUGAGAGAGUGAAUCUUUCCUUUGACUUUCCUUUUUAUGGUCAUUUACUCAAAGAAAUCACAGUUGCAACUGGAGGUUUUAUUUACACUGGAAACAUAAUCCAUCGGAUGCUCACAGCCACUCAGUACGUCGCUCCUCUGAUGGCGAAUUUUGAUCCAAGCCUGUCGAAAAACUCAUCUGUGUUUUACUUCGAUAACGGCACAGCAGUGGUGGUUCAGUGGAACCGCCUCCACCUCCAGGACAACAUCAGCGCGGGAGCUUUCACCUUCCAGGCCGCUCUGCACAGUGACGGGCGGAUUGUCUUUGCCUACAAACAGAUUCCUAUUAGCAUCAGCGACAUCAGCUCUGAGAAUCAUCCUGUCAAAGUGGGCUUGUCCGAUGCGUUUAUGGUGCUUCAUGAGCUAGAGCAGAUUCCCAAUGUUCGUCGGAGAACCAUCUAUGAGUAUCACAAAGUCGACAUUCCACUGUCCAAAAUCUCCCGUUUAACAGCUGUGGAGAUGCUUCCUCUCCCUACGUGUCUGCAGUUCUCCAGCUGUGGCCCAUGUGUCACUUCUCAGAUUGGCUUUAACUGCAGCUGGUGCAGUAAGCUACAAAGAUGUUCCAGUGGUUUUGAUCGUAAACGGCAGGACUGGGUUGACCUUGGCUGUCCAGAGGAGAGGCAGAAUCUGCGAUGUCCCCGGAUGACGGAAGUCACAAACGCCACAUCACAUCACCUGAGACACCGAACCACUCCAGUUACUGUGUCUGCAGGGCAGCAGAGGACCUCUGGCAUCACCUCCACCCCUGAGACUCCCACUGUCACCAUCCCCUCAACACACAGCAGCAUCAGCAGAGAAACAAAAUCACAUCCACAGCAUCCCACCAACAAAUCUGCAGAUGAUGGUGCAGAGACUGCUUUUCACAUCAGUGACACACCAGGAGAGGAGGCGAGCACCCACACCUACGAGGGAUCGCCGAUGCGUCUGCUGGUGGGAGUCCUCGUAGUGAUGGUCCUGCUGGCAGCAGCCAUCCUUACAUACAUCUACGUGUAUAACCACCCCACGUCCAGCGCCAGCCUCUUCUUCAUGGAGCGACGCCCAACCCAUUGGCCAAUCCUAAAGUUCAGGCGAGGCUCGGGUCGUCCUUCCUACGCUGAGGUGGAAGCUCCCGGUCAGGACCGAGACAGCAUCGUGGUCAUCGAUCCCAAAAAGUGUUUUGUGAUUUCCGACAGACGAGAGAGCGAACAGAAAGAAGGAUUCGUCAUUCCUGAUCAGAGGGAGCGCUUCCUAAGUUCAGAGAGCUCCUGACCAAAACUACAAAUCCCACCAUCCUUUGGGAGAGAUCUGGUUCUCGAUGGACGCCUUCUUCCUUUUUCAGAUGUUACAAUUUAUUUGUAUUUAGCUGUUGCACUUCACUUUAAGGACAACAGCUGAGUACUCAGAAACACAAAAACACCAAACCUCUAUGAGGAAAGUGUUACGAUUAUGUUUAUGCACCAGUUUUACCUCCUGUUUGUAUCGGUUAGGCCAGCCACAGCACUUUUAUGAAGCAUAAAGGACAAAAUAAUGAGUUUACUCUGCUCAGGUCAUCCGCUCAUCUUUACCGCAGCUCCACAGAGAGCGCGAGGUGAUGCUGCUGAAUGGUUUAAACCGCCUCUCAAAGACGGCCUUUAUUUUCCACAGCUGUCCUUCCCACACCUUCACAAA